AAUCCAGUUUCCAUGUUGUGAUUGCGGUUUGCGCUGUGUAGCUUCGUGAUUUCGUGUACGUUUAAGUUGAGUUCGGCUGUGAUGCGGAAAGAGACAGGACAGGAUUUGUUUUGAAUAGCUUCAGACUCACCGAGCUAAAAAUGAAGUCGAGGUUCAGCACAGUCGAUAUCCUGGCGAUGGUCUCGGAACUGCGCGAGUCUGUCGUCGGCAUGCGUGUGACUCAAGUGUAUGAUGUCGACAACAAAACGUAUCUCUUCAAACUGAACAGACAAGAAGAAAAAUCUGUACUGUUGAUAGAGUCAGGGGUACGAUUUCAUAAGACAGACUAUGCCUGGCCCAAGAGCCAACAGCCAUCGGGAUUCUCGAUGAAAUUGCGGAAACACUUGAAGAAUAAACGCAUCGAAAGCAUCGCUCAAGUGGGUGUCGACCGCAUAAUCGACAUUCAGUUCGGUAUAAACGAAGCUGCGUACCAUGUCAUCUUAGAGUUAUACGACAAGGGAAAUAUCGUUUUAACUGACCACGAGUACCUCAUUUUAAACAUAUUGCGUCCACGCACUGUAGGAACGGACGAUGACGUAAAAUUCAUCGUCCGGGAGAAGUACCCAGUAGGGAGUGCUCUACAAGACAAGCCGAUGCUGAAAGAAGAGGAGCUCCAAGAAAUCCUGCAAUCUGCAAAGUCCGGUGACAAUAUAAAAAAAGUGCUAAACCCUAAGGUACUGUACGGACCAGCGGUCCUUGACCAUGUGCUUUGUGGACAAGGGUUAAGCGCGGGCUCUAAAAUAGGGAAAGACAUUGAUGUGUCUCGUGACAUGUCGCGAAUUUUGACGUGUCUUCAAGAGGCCGAAGAGGUUAUGAAUGCAGCCAAAGAUCGACCGUGCCGAGGUUACAUCACCCAGAAGGUGGAGAAACGUGUUCAACCUGCGGAAGAUGGCAGCACGGAGAUUGUCACAUACAACGAGUUCCAUCCAUUCCUGUACAGGCAGCACGAAUCGGGAUCUUUCGUUGAGCUUCCGAGCUUUAGUGCUGCUGUCGAUCAGUUCUUUUCGAGUGUCGAAAUGCAGAAGAUCAGUCUGCGUGCUCAUAACCAAGAGAAGGAGGCAUUGAAGAAGCUAGAGAAUAUUAGGAUUGACCACGAGAAGAGGAUAUCUGCACUCGAGCACGUUCAGAUGGAGGACAUCAAGAAGGCUGAACUGAUCGAGACAAACUUGGAAUUGGUGGAUCGUGCCCUUUUGGUACUGCGUAGUGCACUAGCAAAUCAGAUUGAGUGGAAUGAGAUAUCGGUGCUGAUAAAGGAAGCUCAAGAGCAGGGUGAUCCGGUUGCACUGGCAAUCAAGGAGCUUAAAUUAGACGUCAAUCACUUCACAAUGUACCUCCAAGACCCGUACGAGACUUCGGCGGGUAACGGCAUGCUUGUGAGCAUUGACCUUGACCUUUCGGCGUACUCCAACGCUCGGAAGUACUACGAUCAGAAGAAACACGCCGCAAAGAAACAGCAGAAGACCAUAGAAUCUUCAACCAAAGCGUACAAAUCUGCAGAGAAGAAAACGAAAGAGACCCUCAAGCAGGUCGCCCUGACGACCAACAUCGCCAAGGCCAGGAAAGCAUUCUGGUUCGAGAAAUUCUACUGGUUCAUAAGCUCCGAAGAUUACCUGGUCAUAGGGGGCCGGGACGCCCAGCAGAACGAGAUGAUCGUGAAACGGUACAUGAAGCCCGGCGACGUAUACGUCCACGCCGACUUGCACGGCGCCAGUAGCAUAAUCAUAAAGAACCCGGGCGGCAACCCUGUGCCACCGAAGACUCUCAACGAGGCGGGAACCAUGGCCAUCUGUUACAGUGCGGCGUGGGACGCAAAGGUGGUCACCAGUGCCUGGUGGGUGUACCACCAUCAGGUUUCGAAGACUGCGCCCACGGGUCAGUUCCUGACGCCUGGUGCCUUCAUGAUAAGGGGUAAAAAGAAUUAUCUGCCCCCUUCAUAUCUGAUCAUGGGAUUUGGCUUCAUGUACAAGUUAGAUGAAGACAGCAUAGAGAGGCAUCGGGGUGAGCGCCAAACCCGCACUUCCAGCGAGGACUUCACGCUACAAGGGGACGGCACGGACAAUACGGCAGACGACACCGAGAUUGCCGUUUCCGAACAGUCGAGCUCGGAGGACGAAGGCGUCGCUGCUGACGGCGACCCUGAAAUGGGAGGUGCGAAAUUUCCGGACACCGUAGUCAAACUUCCUCACGAAAUUUCUACCAUUCAGGAGGCUGAAAAAGAUGAAGUUGAGGUUGGGGAGGUGGUCUACUCUCAGCCCUCCAGAAGUGCGCAAGUCAAGCAGAAGCCAAAAGUGGAACCGAAACCGGAUGUACCUGCUGAACCCGCGUCCGAGAGCAACAAGCCGAGUGGGGUACCGAACCGACGUACGAAAGGUAAACUGAAGAAGAUCAAGGAAAAAUAUAAAGACCAAGACGAAGAGGAACGUCAGCUCCGUAUGGAAAUUUUAAAAUCGGCUGGUGCACCCAAGGAGCCAAAGCGCAAGGGCAAGAAAGCAAAGAAAUUGGCAAUGGCCGCCAAGUCUGCAGCUGUCUCACAAGCCAAGGCAACUGCUGGUUUGCAGACGAAGUCGGAUGCCAAUCCUCAGCCACAGCAGACGGUGAGGCUGCCAGAGGCUACGAGUGAAUUGAAAGGGACUGAGCUUAAGGUGGUUGAUCCUGACGCACCAAAGGAUGAAGAUGACGAUGUAGAAGAGGAAGUUAAUGCUGGUGAUGAGGACAAGCGACUCCUCGCUUCUCUGACGGGAUGCCCUGUGCCGGAAGAUGGGCUUAUUUUUGCUGUUCCUGUCGCGGCACCAUAUAUUGCUAUGCAGAACUACAAGCAUAAAGUGAAGGUUACCCCUGGAACGGGGCGUCGCGGAAAGGCGGCGAAGACGGCGCUAAACGUGUUCAUGCUGGACAAGGCUACAACGCCGAGGGAAAGGGAUCUUGUUCGGGCAGUGAAAGAUCUAGACAUCUCUAGGAAUCUUCCAGGCAAGGUGAAGCUGUCUGCACCAAACUUUCAGAAGCGAAAGUGAGAGGGCAACGAUACGUUUGAAUUUAUUGUGUUACGUGACAAUAAAGUUGUUUA